AUGGCGCUUUCAAAGCAUGUUGAUCCAGACCACCUGAUCGAGGCGUGCAAAGAUCACCCACACCUGGGCUUGCUCGACGAAGGACACAACCCAGCGGUGCACAAGACCGUGUACGGUCUCUCUGACAUCCCAAAGUUUACUCUCCCAAAGGAAGGAAUCCCCAAAUCUGCUGCGUAUCAACUCAUCCAUGACGAAAUGGAACUCGACGGGGCCCCUAUUCUCAACCUCGCCUCCUUCGUGAACACUGGCAUGGACGAACAUCUGAACCGCCUCAUGCAAGAAAAUGUGAACAAGAAUCUGGUCGAUUUUGAUGAGUACCCCGCUACUCAGGUGAUCCAUACGCGCUGCAUUAGUAUUCUCGCCGACUUGUGGAAAGUACCCAAAGGAUGCAAGGCCAUUGGGACUGCUACGACGGGCAGCAGUGAAGCCAUCAUGCUUGGUGGGCUCGCAAUGAAGAAGCGUUGGCAGGAAAAGAUGAAGAAAAUGGGUAAAGAUAUCUACAGGCCUGGCCCGAAUAUUGUGUUUGGUGCGAACGCUCAGGUCGCUCUCGAGAAAUUUGCAAGAUACUUCGAUGUCGAGUGCAGGCUCGUACCUGUGACGGUGGAGAGUCAUUUUGUCAUGGAUCCAAAAGAGGCAAUCAAGUUGGUUGACGAGAAUACCAUUGGCGUUAUGGUCAUUAUGGGGUCGACAUAUACAGGCGAAUUCGAAGAUGUCAAGCAGAUGAGUGAUCUACUCGACGAGUAUGAAGCAAGGAGCGGGGUCGAUAUACCCAUCCACGUCGACGGGGCUUCUGGCGCUUUCAUCGCACCAUUUGCUUAUCCUGAUCACCAAUGGGCGUUUGAUGUCAACCGCGUCAAUUCCAUCAACGCGAGUGGCCACAAGUUUGGUCUCACAUGCGUUGGAUUGGGAUGGCUCGUCAUAAAGGACGAGUCGCUACUUCCAAAAGAUCUCAUUUUCGAGCUUCAUUACCUUGGCACCACUCAAUCAUCUUUCACUCUCAACUUUUCACGCCCAGCUGCACCUGUCCUUGCGCAAAUGUAUAGCUUUUUGGCUCUUGGUCGAAAUGGAUACACCGAUAUUAUCCACGCCGAUCUAGCCAAUGCACGUCUCCUCAGCCGUGCACUCGAAAAGAGCUACUUUACUCUUCUGUCAAAUAUUCACCGUCCUGCCAAAGUCAAUGUGACGACUCGCGCUGCCGUUGCGCUGGGUGCCAACGAAGAAGAUCCAAAUCUCUACUGGCGCGGCUUGCCGGUCGUCGCAUUUCGCCUCUCAGAUGAGUUCAUGAAGGAAUAUCCACACGUUAAACAGCGCUGGAUCCAACAGCUACUUCGAAUGAAGGGGUGGAUUGUUCCAAACUAUAAUGCACCACAUGCAGUGGAGCGAAUCGAGAUGCUUCGUGUCGUCGUCCGGUCGACCAUGUCUGCUGAUCUGGUUGCACGUCUCCUUACGGACAUCUUGGAAAUCACGGAAAGUCUCAAGGAACGAGGAUCAGAAAACUCACUCAUGAUGGCACUCCAGACACACAGUGAGAAGGAAAAGAGUCAGACGUCUGCUCACCAUCCCGCCCAACAUCGUCCUUCUCUUCAUCAUAGCCCUCAUGGUGGUCACCUUCACAAACACAAUGGUAACCGCCCUGAAUCUAUGGGUGUUCAUCACAAGGACGACGGUGGAAUAGGACAAGUCACGGGCACGAAUAUUGUGCUUGGCUAUGCCUCUGCCACUAAUAUCGGAACAUGGAGGGCUUUUCGUAAUUAUACGACGCGCCAUCAUGCGUAUGACCCUACAAUUAUCGAAGCCAUUUGCGCUUGCUGGGCUAUGCCUCCGCAGUUCGAGGGUUUCAUUGUUGGUACGGAGAUUGAGAAGUCGAAGGUCAUUAGCGCAGCCUCUACCUUUCCAAACCCGGCGCUUCAAGCGAUACAAGAGGCCAGUGACCUCUACGGUCCCGAGAGACGUGUCUGUCUGCUGUUAAGUCUUGGAUACGGUGGAUCUAUGCGCCGAAAUGUGGGUGGAGACGACAAGCUAGUCCAAGCAGAGGUCACCGCUCACGAACUCGAACGACGCUGGGGGGAUGACCGGCCUAUAUUACAGGCUCAGUGUUAUUCCAUCUAUCGCUGCUUUACCGAUCGAGUGCUCGACCAACUAGUCAAGGCUUCAUCUCACAAUAGCCGGUUCACGCUCAAAAGCCUAACUCAAGUUACUGCACCACCCAAGGUCUCUUUCAGCGGCCUUCCACCAUUGUCGCCUUAUUACGUUCAACGUGAUACCCCAAUGAACCACAUGGUCGUAUCUCUCCUCGGUUCUGAAGUGGAAGAGCGCCAACGGGUUCUCAUCUUAACGGGCAUGGGCGGAUCCGGAAAGACCCAAAUGGUCAUCGCGUUUAUUCGUGAAAACGGAGACUGUUUCCAGAACGUCUUAUUUAUCGAUGCGUCAUCCACCAAGACUAUUGAGACAGGCCUCAUAGCACGACUCAAGGCUAUUGACAAGUCGUUCCAGGGAAUCGACCUCGACAGCGCAUUAGAGGCACUCGCUCAACCGAAUGAAGUUAUUACUACAAAGUGGUGCCUCGUGUUUGACAAUGCUGAUGAUCCGACGCUCGAUAUCGCCGAAUUCUUCCCAGCUUGUGACCAUGGAGCAAUAAUCAUCACCAGUCGUAACGCUCAACUCGAGUCCAUCUCUCCUAACGACCAUAUUUCGUUGGAGGUCAUGACGAAAGAUGAGGCUUGCGAGGCACUAUUAUCGUCCGCGAUUGGUUCCAAAGACAGUUGGCGACCUCACCAUCGACGACUGGCACUCGAUAUCGUCAAGGAGUUUGAGUAUCUCCCGAUCGCUGUCGUUCAAGCGGGAUGCUACAUUCGCAAAAAUAAAUGCUUGGAGACCUACCUUGGACGGCUGGAGGCGAGCCGUUCAGAGUUGUUGAGGCACGCGUCUAUGCAACGCGACAAGCUUCGGUACAAGCACAGCGUAUAUGCUGCGUUCGAUAUAUCCCUCACGUCCCUGUCGGAGCGGGCUCUCGGCCUCUUAUCCAUACUCUCCUACUAUGAUUACACCGGCAUUCCUCGCUCCGUGCUCAGUCUUGCGGCGGCCAAGAACUUUGCACACGAAGAUUACGAGCUGAUGGAUCGAGGGUCGGACUUCCAAGAGGCUAUUGGUCUCCUCCGUCAUAUAAUCACCCCUAAAGGCAAGUUUGAGGACGUAGAGGUGGAUCGUAUUAUCGAGGAACUUCAACAGUCCUCAUUGAUAUCUCUUGUCUCAUUCGAUUCGGAUAUUAAGCUCCGCUUCCACCCAUUGAUACACGCAUGGGCAUAUGAUCGGCAGAACGAUGAGGAGAGGAGGAAAUACCAUGAUGCGGCACUGAGACUCCUCACCUGCAUGGUAGACGAGAAUGACGGGAUUGAUAUCGAGUCAGAGUUAUACCCACACGCACGUCGCUUCAUCAAAGAGAUAACAGCGCUACACGUCAAUGAUCAAAGCGCACUGGUCGAAAUUUGGCAAACCGACUCGGAAGGUCAAGCAAGGCUCAUGAUUCUCGAAGAUAUCUAUCAACAAGUACGAGCAGCGUACGGCGAUACAGAUAUACGGACGAGUCAAGCUCACCUUGUGCUUUGCAUUCUGUAUAUCCGUGAGACAUACGACACUUUGAAAGCGGAGGUCAUUGCUCGGCAAGAAUACGAACUACGAAAAACGAUCAGUGGUCCCCGGACCGCCCCAACUGCUGAAGCAAUGUCUAUACUGGCCUUCUCUAUGGACUUUUCCUUUACCAGGAAGGAGGAAGUUAUGGAUCUCUUUCACACAGCACUCGAUAUCCAGCAGGAAACACUUGGCCCAAAUCACUUCUCUACUCAGGCGACCAUGCAAAUGCUCGCUACCUCAUUGAUGCGUGACGACCACGGCCCAGAUGGAUUAGAAGAGGCAUCAAUACUCUUGGAGAAACUUGUUGCAACACGUUCUGCCCUUUGGGGAGUGGAUCGCCCAGAGACUCUGGAAACUAUAGACCAAUUACUCGAGUGCUAUGCUGCUAUGGGGGACGCCAAACAAGAAAAGCUCAAGGAGCUGCUAGAGAUUCGUCAGAGUCGUUACAGCAGCUCGCCAUCGGAUAGCGUGGCCGCUCUCACCUUCCAAGGCCAUGUGUACGAACUACAGGGACGACACGAGGAGGCUGAAAGUGUGUAUCGGGAGCUCAUAAAAACAGGACGAGAUAUGUUUGGAGACCUAUCGCCGCGGAAUCUAAAUAUUGUCAUAGCGUUUGCAGAGUUUCUUCAGAGGAGGAAAAAGUAUGCCGAGCUGGAAGUUCUGCUGCAUCAGUACGUCAGAACCGACCUCAAUAUACAUGGCACGGCGAGGGAUCAACUGCGUUCUUUAGCAACAAUCCUCGGAGAAACAAUCCUGCUGGACGGGCGCCCUGAAGAGGCACUUCCUAUCCUUAGGGCCGCGUACAUAGCAGCUGUGGAUCGCUUUGGCAGUUUCUGGGUUGGGAUACUCCAAAAUAACCAACUUCUCGCAGAAUGUCUGCUCGAGCAGAAGCAAUAUGGAGAGGCAGAGCUGCUGUUUCGGGAGCAGGUGCAUUACGCUCAUCUUGCGGACAACGUCAUUUCCAAGGCCGAAUCCUCUGUGCACCUUGGUGUGUGUCUCCUUGAACAGGAGAAAUAUGAAGAGGCAGAAUCGGUAUUCAAGGAUGCAUAUGGUGAGAGUAAAGAGGAGUCGGGGGCAAUGCAUGCGGAGUCUUGCCGCCUGCUCUGUUAUCUAAUUCUCACUCUCGAGAAGAAGAAUGAGCUGGAGCGAGCUGAGCCUCUCAUGCAAGAAAUGCUCAAACUUUACGAGAACAUUGACGGUGGCAAGGAGACUCCCAUACUGUGGGUACUAUCCACAUUCGCCGAGAUUCUCGAGCGGCAAAAGAGGCUCACUGAAGCGGAGGCCGUAUGGAGGCAUCGUGAGGAGAAAUCGAGGGACCUCUUUGGUGCAGAUCAUCUUCAGUACGUGGCUGAAAGAGGAGCGCUGGCAAUGUUCUUGUUUCAGCAGCGACGAUACACCGAGUCUAAGACGAUUAGAGAGGAGCAAUUGGCAAGGUAUAUCGAAGCGGGUGAUAUCAAUCGCCAAGAUUUCAUCAAGGAAAAACUACGAGAGAUUGAAGAAGUACUCAUAUCAGAGAAUGUUGGUGCGGCUUAG